GUAAUUGGUACUACGAGCCACUUCAGUGUUAUUUCUUUUUUGCAGGUCAUGCAAGCUGAAUGAAACGAGGCAUGGAGCCAAAUUUUGAAAAACAACGCACAUCAAAUAUCUUGAUAAGAAGACACAGAGAUACCGCUCUUACAGCUUAACAUUUGAUUAUCAACAUUUUAUAUAUAACAGCAUUCCAUGGCGUACUAGAUACAGAUACUGAGACAACCAACCCCAUUCUCCCCUAUUAAGGAAAAAAAUGUAAAACGGCUCCUAUUACAACGUACUGACAGACUUCAUAAUAAACACAGUGCAAGCCAGAGCUUCUCUAGUUUAGCCUCUGCUGCCAUCAAGUGUCAGAAAUUUGUCCCGACCUUUAGAUCCACAUCACCAUUUGUUUGGUCCCUAUUUUCACACAUAUGUUCCUGUUCCUUUCUUAAACACUGCCAAACCGACUGAGUGCUGGAAUAGUGCAUUUGCUCUUUGGACACUUAAUGAGACGCUCUUUGUUUAGUUAGCUAACGUGCUAACCUUUACCUUCUAACUGAAAUGUGACGCGUCCCAGUAUACCGACAGGUGACAUUCCAGUCACAGAGAGAGAGAGAUUUCAUGCUCAGGAAGUGCGGAAGUAGGCAAUACUUAGGGUUGACAAUGGGUCAGACUUAAAGUUCAUGCCGAAGGACGAACAGCUCUGCUCCAGGUAAUAGAACAUUUCCACUGGACAGUUCCCGCAUCUGGAUUCACCCUCAGUGAUAGCGCGCAAAAUGACUCACAGGAGACAGGGAAGCAUUGAACUAUUGGAGGCUAUCGGGGUGGUGAAAAAAGAAAAUGGCACUGGGAGCCUUUCUACACUUCCUUUGCACUCCCCAAAGUCCUUCGACUAUGUUCUGGUGGCACAGGAAAUGGAUGAAGAUAGCAGAAAAGAGAACUUCAGGAAGAAAAGGGAUUUCAUCAAAGCUUUGAAAGACAAGAAUUUACAGAUAACGAAAAUUGCUGAUGAUGAUAAAGUUUUUUAUGGGAUUAAAGCCCCAAAAGAGAUAUUUGAGACGUACAGAUAUCUGCUUAAAGUGUCUGAUGCGUGUAACUGGAGCUGUGAACAGCAGGGAAAUAUACCACUAGCAACAAGGAUACGGAUAGUUGACUACAUCCUGCAUCACACCAGCAUAGACACUGAUGGUGUUCCAGAGUAUCUAUCAGACCUCAUCAAAGAGAAUGUAUUUCAGACUCAAUUUUGUCUCCAUGAGAAAGAGGAACAGAAAGAACUGAGAAAGAGUUGGGCUAGAUGGACUGCCUGUUUUCAUGGACAACCCAUAACUGAUGUAAGACACUACUUUGGAGAAAAGGUGGCUCUGUAUUUCCUGUGGCUGGGCUGGUACACAUUUCUGCUCAUCCCUGCUGCUCUGCUGGGGGUCAUAGUCUUCCUUUAUGGCCUAUUUUUCUUCAAUUUCAACCCUGUAAUACAGGAGGUGUGUGAAUCAGAUGCUAUUAUGUGCCCGCUGUGUGAUAAGAGAUGUAAAGUUUGGCGGCUCUCUGAUACAUGCACAUACGCAAAGGUGAGCACACUGUUUGACAAUGAAGGAACAGUCGCAUUUGCUAUGUUCAUGGCAGUCUGGGCUACAGUGUUUCUAGAGUUCUGGAAACGCCACACAGCCUCAUAUGUCUGUGAGUGGAAAGUUUUUGACUGGUGUGAAGAAGAGGAGGAGCUGAUACUGGAGAUAGUCAAUGACCUUAAUUGCAAGUCAAUGAAGUACAGUCACUCAUAUCUGCGCAGUACACUAAUUAUGGUGCUAAUGACACUCAUGUUGCUGCUGAUUAUUGGGUUGGCACAGGCCCUUGUGGUGUUCAGGGUAAUAACCAGUGUAGAGUUUGCUAAGCAAACCAAAUGGCCUUUUCUUUGUGAAAACAGCAACACAGUGGCGUUGAUGCUGGGAGCAGUGCUGCACUACUUCACAAUAACCAUCAUGACUUGGAUCAAUCGCAGAGUGGCCCUGAAGUUAUGUGAAUUAGAGAAGGUGCGUUCACAUGCUGCUGUUGAAAAGAGCUUCACAGUGAAAAUGUUUACCUUCCAGUUCUUCACUCUUUUCUCCUCACUCGUUUACACAGCAUUCUUUCUUGGCAGGAUAAACGGUCAUCCAGGUGGAUAUGUGAGGAUAGCUGGAAUCUGGAGAUUAGAGGAGUGUCAUCCUAGUGGAUGUCUGACUGACCUGUUCAUUCAGAUGGCCAUCAUCAUGUUGCUCAAACAGAUCAUCAGCAACGUGUUUGAGUUUUCAGGCCCCUGGUUCAGACGGUGGCUGAAAAGGCGACAGAGUCGGAAGCUGAGGAAGAAGGUUAGACAGUGUUCAAAGAAGGACUGUAUGGAAGGUACAGGAGGUGAUAAUCUGUGUGACAACUGCAAACUUAAGGACUUGCUCUGGAACUUUGACCUUAAUAAUGUGGACUCCUUCAGCCUCUUCAAUGAAUUCCUAGAAAUGGUACUCCAGUUCAGCUUUACCACCAUCUUCGUGGCUGCAUUUCCUCUGGCUCCUCUGCUCGCUCUACUUAACAACAUCAUUGAGAUCAGAAUGGAUGCCAUUAAAAUGGUCAGUCUGGAGCGAAGACUGGUGCCCAGGAAGACAAAUGACAUAGGUGUUUGGACAGAUGUACUGGAAACAAUUGGUGUGCUAGCUGUCAUUGCAAACGGGCUAGUCAUCGGCAUGUCCUCUGAUUUUAUCCCUCGGCUGGUGUAUCGCUACCGAUAUGGACCCUGCGCUAAUUUCAGUGCUAGUGGUGUUGAGUAUGCGGAACAUAUAUUCUACACUAUACUACACAGAAUGCUGCAAUUAUCAAGUAAGCGUCAAACCAUCAUUAUCAUACUCUCAUUCUUUCUGUUUCUCUCACACAGAUGUAUGUCUGGUUAUAUUAAUAACUCUCUGUCUAUCGCUGAUACAAAUGAUGAGAACAUCAGAAAAGACUUUUUACCCCAACAACUCAUUCACAAUGGCAUGAAUGUGACACACUGCAGCUAUAGAGACUAUAGGAGUAAUGAUGACUACACUUUGACCAAUCAGUUUUGGGUCAUUCAGGCAGUCCGCUUUGCCUUCCUCGUCCUUUUUGAGCAUGUGGUGGUGAUGUGUAAGUGCAUCGCAGGGUGGUUUGUCCCCAGUUCUCCCUUAGAGGUGAAAAAUACAAGGCUGCAAGACAAACUCGGAAGACUGAAAGAAGAACUACGCCCAGCAAGAACACAGCAUUUCAGAUCAUAGAAUGAAUGACAAACUUCAGUUUGCUCCAAUCCAGAAAACAGAAAAAGAAUAAUCAACUGCAGGAUAAACUGAAUUACAGUGUCUAAUCCAAUGAUGAACCCUGCCCAUUCAUGAUCCCAUUACCAGCAGGAGAAGGGCUGAAGUUGAAAUUCUUGCUGCUGUGCACAGCUGUUAACUUACUGUUUCUAUUUGAUUUAUUCCGUACUCUUUUGCUAAAGUUGAUUAAUGACAUUGUCUUUGUUUGUUUUCCCUAGUAGAUGACAUGUUUUGUAUUACAUUGGAUUUACAAUGUACUGUGUAAUUUGUAUAUAUUUCAAUUAUUUGACUGUUAUUUUCAUUUCCAGUUCAUGCAUUGAACAGAUGCAAUAUGUACAGCAAUGCAACAUUUGUAUUUUGUGGAAUAAAGAUUUAGAAAUGCAAA